AUGGCAGCAGGGCCUCGGGGUCCGCGUCCUCUCCUCCUGGGCCUGCUGCUGUGCGCGCUCGGCCCGGCCGUGUCCCGGGGCGGGAGGCUGCUGUUGGUCCCCAUGGACGGCAGCCACUGGCUGAGCUUGAGAGGCGUCAUCCAGCAGCUGCAGCAGAGGGGACAUGACAUCGUGGUCCUGGCGCCCGAGGCCUCGAUGCACAUCAGGGAAGGAGCGUUUUAUACCUUGAAGACCUACCCCGUGCCCUUCCGAAGGGAGGACGUGGAAGCGACUUUCAUCAGCCUCGGGCACAACGUGUUCGAGAACGAGCCUUUCCUGCAGCGUGUGAUCAAGAAGUACAAGAAGGUCCAGAAGGACUCGGCCAUGCUCUUGUCGGGGUGCUCCCACCUCCUGCACAACAAGGAGCUGAUGGCCUCGCUGGCCGAAAGCCGUUUCGACGCCGUGCUGACCGACCCCUUCCUUCCCUGCGGCUCCAUCGUGGCCCAGUACCUGGCCCUGCCUGUCAUCUUCUUCCUGAACGCGCUGCCCUGCAGCCUGGACUCUCAGGGUACCCAGUGCCCCAACCCGCCAUCCUAUGUGCCCAGGCCCCUGUCCUUAAACUCAGACCGCAUGACCUUCCUGCAGCGGGUCAGGAACAUGCUCAUGGCCUUGACCGAGAACUUUCUCUGCAAUGUGGUUUAUUCCCCGUAUGGGUCCCUGGCCUCGGAAGUCCUUCAGAAAGAGGUGACAGUCCAGGACCUCAUGAGCUCUGCGUCCAUCUGGCUUCUCAGAACCGACUUUGUGAAGAGUUACCCCAGGCCCAUCAUGCCCAAUAUGGUUUUUAUUGGUGGAAUCAACUGCGCUGGCAAAAAGCCAUUAUCCCAGGAAUUUGAAGCCUACAUAAACGCCUCUGGAGAGCACGGGAUCGUGGUUUUCUCUUUGGGCUCAAUGGUCUCGGAGAUUCCCGAGAGCAAGGCGAUGCAAAUUGCUGACGCGUUGGGCAAAAUACCUCAGACGGUCCUGUGGCGGUACACCGGGACCCGGCCGUCGAACCUCGCGAAGAAUACCAUCCUCUUCAAGUGGCUGCCCCAGAACGAUCUGCUUGGUCACCCCAAGACGCGCGCCUUUAUCACACACUCUGGCUCCCACAGUAUCUAUGAAGGAAUAUGCAACGGCGUCCCCAUGGUCAUGCUGCCCCUGUUCGGUGAUCAGAUGGACAAUGCCAAGCGCAUGGAGUCCCGGGGAGCGGGAGUGUCCUUGGACGUCCUGGAAAUGACUUCCGAAGACUUAGCAAAUGCCCUCAAAACGGUCAUCAAUGACAAAAGCUACAAGGAAAACAUCAUGCGCCUCUCCAGCCUCCACAAGGACCGGCCCGUGGAGCCACUGGACCUGGCUGUGUUCUGGGUGGAGUUCGUCAUGAGGCACAAGGGAGCCCCGCACCUGCGGCCCGCGGCCCACGACCUCACCUGGUACCAGUACCAUUCCCUGGACGUGAUAGGCUUCCUCUCGGCCGUGGUGCUGGGGGCCGUCCUCGUUGUCUACAAAUGCUGUGCCUUCGGCUGCCGCAGAUGCUUUGGGAAAAAGAAGCGAGCUAAGAAAUCUAACAAGUCCAAGGCGCACUGA